AUGAAGUGGUUUGCUUCCACUAUCGCAGUAUUUGCAGCCUUCGGCACAGGCAAAGACGUCCUUCUAUACUCACCAACAGCCUAUACUCUCAUUCACAGCGACAAACAAGCCGUGCUCGUUGAUACACCAACACUGGCUAAAGACGGUGCCGUCUUAGCCAAAUGGAUUGCCAACACUGCGCCUGGAGUUUCGCUGAAAUAUAUCUAUAUCACACACGCGCACGCCGAUCACUUCAACAGUCUUACGACAGACGGCGUAAUUGAGCAUAUGCCUGCCCAAUACGAAGGCCCACUAUGGGACUACUUCUGGAAGGGCUUAUUUCCAAGCAUCGAGAAAACCGAUCUGUCCUUGGUCCAAGUCCUCCCCGCCGACGGAAAGUUCACCAUCGAUGACGGUAAACAUGAACUACAUGCCAUCGUCGUUGGCGAAGGCGACACUGUGGACUCAACCGUUUUGCACGUUCCCUCUUUAGACCUCGUAGUCGGAAGUGACGUUGUUUACGGCCACUGCUACCAAUACCUUGCCGAAAACCCCACUUCUGAGAUGCGAGCGCGAUGGCUGCAGAGCUUGGACAAGAUCGCGCAGCUAAAGCCUAAAAUAGUAAUCCCGUCACAUAUGCAAGCGUUCGAGGAUUUUGGAACACAACAUCUGGCUGAGACAAAACAAUAUAUCCAUACUUGGGAUUUGUUUUUGCACAAGGCAAAGAGCUGGGAAGAGUUGGAGGGUAUGGCGAAGAAGAGAUUUCCAGAGAGAAUUGGAACAUUCAUCUUGAGGUACACGGCUCAGAGCUUCUUUAAUGCGACGUUCUGA